AUGAAUCUAGAUUGGCUGUACAACUUCACAGGGCCUACUCACGUAAUCUUCUACGAGCAGUUGGUAGAUAACGUAGAGCAUACCUUACGAUCCGUCAUAGAAUUUAUAGAUAUCCCCUUAAAUAAAGAGUUGUUCGAUUGUGCUAUAGAGAGAAAGGAAGGAAUAUACAGAAGAAAAAAGAGGGUUUUAACGUUCGACCCAUAUACUGAAAAAAUGAAGAUAAUGAUUAAAGAUGUACAGAAAAAAGUUUUUGAUGCUAUUUAUAACUUCGCAGCUCCCGCUGAUUCUAGGUGA